AUCAAUGGCGGAUGUACAGAUGGCUGAAGCAGAGACAUUUGCAUUUCAAGCUGAGAUAAAUCAGCUAUUGAGUUUAAUCAUUAAUACAUUCUACAGCAACAAGGAGAUAUUCCUUAGGGAACUGAUUAGCAAUUCAUCUGAUGCAUUGGAUAAGAUACGGUUCGAGAGCUUGACGGAUAAGAGUAAACUUGAUGCUCAGCCUGAACUCUUCAUUAGGAUUGUUCCUGAUAAGGCCAAUAAGACUCUUUCCAUCAUUGAUAGCGGUGUCGGCAUGACUAAAGCAGAUUUAGUUAACAAUCUAGGUACAAUUGCAAGGUCCGGCACAAAGGAGUUUAUGGAAGCUUUACAGGCUGGGGCUGAUGUGAGCAUGAUUGGCCAAUUUGGUGUGGGUUUCUACUCUGCGUACCUGGUAGCAGAGAAGGUUAUUGUAACCACCAAACACAACGAUGAUGAGCAAUAUGUCUGGGAAUCACAAGCUGGUGGUUCAUUCACUGUUACAAGGGAUGUUAAUGGAGAGCAAUUAGGUAGAGGAACUAAAAUCACUCUCUUCCUCAAGGAAGACCAGCUGGAGUACUUGGAGGAAAGGAGAAUCAAAGACCUUGUGAAGAAGCACUCUGAAUUCAUUAGCUAUCCAAUUUACCUCUGGACUGAGAAGACAACUGAAAAGGAAAUCAGCGAUGAUGAAGAUGAUGAACCCAAGAAAGAACAAGAGGGUGAUAUUGAGGAAGUGGACGAGGAUAAAGAAAAGGAGAAAGGUAAGAAGAAGAAAAUCAAGGAGGUCUCUCAUGAGUGGCAACUCAUUAACAAGCAGAAACCUAUCUGGUUGCGCAAACCAGAAGAAAUCACAAAGGAGGAAUAUGCCUCUUUCUACAAGAGCUUGACUAAUGACUGGGAGGAUCAUCUGGCAGUCAAGCACUUCUCUGUUGAGGGGCAACUUGAAUUCAAGGCAAUUCUCUUUGUACCUAAGAGGGCACCAUUUGAUCUAUUUGAUACCCGCAAGAAGAUGAACAACAUCAAGCUUUACGUUAGGAGGGUGUUCAUCAUGGACAACUGUGAGGAACUUAUGCCCGAGUAUCUUGGAUUCGUGAAGGGUGUUGUUGACUCUGAUGAUUUGCCCCUUAACAUCUCCCGUGAGAUGCUGCAGCAGAACAAGAUUCUCAAGGUCAUUAGGAAGAACCUCGUGAAGAAAUGCAUUGAGAUGUUCAAUGAGAUUGCUGAGAACAAGGAGGAUUACAACAAAUUCUAUGAGGCUUUCUCAAAGAACUUGAAGCUGGGCAUUCAUGAAGAUAGCCAGAACAGAGCUAAGUUGGCUGACCUUCUUCGAUACCACUCCACCAAGAGUGGUGAUGAGCUGACAAGUCUGAAAGAUUACGUGACCAGGAUGAAAGAGGGUCAGAAAGACAUCUACUACAUCACUGGAGAGAGCAAGAAGGCCGUGGAGAACUCACCGUUCUUGGAACGCCUAAAGAAGAAAGGAUAUGAAGUGCUCUUCAUGGUUGAUGCCAUUGAUGAAUAUGCAGUUGGGCAACUGAAGGAAUAUGAUGGCAAGAAACUAGUUUCUGCUACAAAGGAGGGGUUGAAGCUUGAUGAUGAAAGUGAGGAAGAGAAGAAGAAAAAAGAAGAGAAAAAGAAGUCUUUUGAGAGCCUUUGCAAGGUCAUCAAAGACAUCCUUGGAGACAAAGUUGAGAAGGUUGUCGUCUCUGAUAGGAUUGUUGAUUCUCCUUGUUGCUUAGUGACUGGCGAGUAUGGUUGGACGGCCAACAUGGAAAGGAUCAUGAAGGCUCAAGCUCUGAGAGACAGCAGCAUGGGCGCUUACAUGUCUAGCAAGAAGACAAUGGAAAUCAACCCUGAUAAUGGAAUUAUGGAGGAGUUGAGGAAGAGAGCUGAAGCUGACAAGAAUGACAAGUCAGUGAAGGAUCUUGUGUUGUUGCUCUUUGAGACAGCUCUGCUGACGUCUGGUUUUAGUCUUGAUGACCCCAAUACUUUUGCUGCAAGAAUUCACAGAAUGUUAAAAUUGGGUUUGAGUAUUGAGGAAGAAGAGGAAGCUGGUGAGGAUGCAGAUAUGCCUGCUCUAGAGGAAACUGGCGAAGAAAGCAAGAUGGAGGAAGUGGACUAAGCACUGUUGCGUCAUCUGAAGGUGUUCAUAUGGAGAUUGCAGAUGCCUUAAACAGAUUGUUCUUUUUUCUUUCUCCCUCUUUACUGUUUUGUUCCUUUUCCUGACUUUGUUCUUCCAAGUUAGCUGAGUUCUGUUGUGUUAGGAGCUAUAUGCCCCUUUUUAGGAUCGUACAAAUUAAUGGAGUGUCGUUCUGUUUUGUGA